AUGGAGCAACGAGAGUACCGAGUGCACAAGCACCACCGCCGCGUGUCCUCCACCGGCGGAGGCAGAGCAUGGACUGAAGAAGAGGAGGCUUAUCUGGUCCGAACUAGAAUGCACAAAAUGCCAUACAAGCAUAUCGCAGCGCACUUGAAGAAAACAGAACUCGCCUGUCGCUUACAUUAUCAUCAAAUGUCAUAUGGAAAUAACGGUCGCCGACGCAGUGCUUCUGUGUCGUCGAUCGGAUCAUUCAACUCGGUCUCGCCGGGUGGAGAACUUUCAGACAACACUCGCCUGCCCCGGUUGUCUCCGGUCUUGUCUCCUCGCUCUAGCCCAGAGCCAAACUCACAGAGAGUGUCCUCAGAUGAUGCUUCACCGCAAUCACAUCGUGGACCAAUUCCUAUUCUCCCCAAGCCAGAUAGAGACAAUACACCGACUACGUUCGAAAUAUCUAUGGCACGCAGCUACGAAACGAAUGUGGUAGGCUAUCGCAAGGAAGACCAGCAGAGCUAUAUUGACAUGUCUCAUUUACAUGCCGUAUAUGAAGCGUACUCGGCUUCAUUUUGGUCGAAAAUAGCUACAGAAUAUUCUCGCGCCGCACCAGAGAUUUCUCCCAAAUUGGCUGAAAAGGCAUUUAUGGGCAAUUUCUCUCAUACCAUUGCUUGCGCGCAUCUGCCUCCCACACCCAAUGUCAGUCCGGCAGCAUCACCAGAGCCACAGCAGCGCGAUUAUGCAUCAAAUUCUUUGCCACCCAUGAGCCGAGGCUUCCGAGCUGUCAACGAACCCCAGCCGGAGCGUGCGGCUGGUGUUCAACCAGAAAGCACGCAUAGAAGCUUGGCUGACCGGUGCUCGGUUUCAGCCUUGUUAACUGUGGAGAGAGAAGUAAGGCCGUCGCAUCAAUAG